GAAGGUGCAGAAAAACCCAUUUUAGUGUCAUCAUGGCUUCCGAAGCGCAGCCACAAGAGACAAAAACCCUUCCCCAUCAAAAUCUUGUUCGACAAACAAACCAACAAAGUUGUCGCAGUUGAAGCAACCAACGACUUCGUCGACACCCUCUUCAGUUUUCUGUCCCUUCCACUCGGCACCAUCACUCGCCUUGUCGCCACAAACAGCAACAACAAUCUCUACCAAAGCGUCAAGAAUCUCUCCCCUAACGAUGUCUGGAACCCUGUCUGCAAGGAAAUGUUGCUGCGUCCCCAGAACCCCUGUGAAGCGCUUUGCUCGAAGCUGGUUUUGAAUGUUGAUGACACAGAACCCGCAACAAAGGUUUAUGUGUGCGCUUCCUGUGACAAGUUUACUACUUUUCCUAAUCUGGUUUGUACCUGUGGAAAACCCGUUAGAGAACCCAAGAAUUUGGAUUCCGAGGGUAGCGUGGAAGUCAAAGGUGGAGUGUUUGUGAAAGGGACUGAGUCAUCUUUUCUGGUCUUUGAUGAUUUGAAGAUUGUGCCUAGUUCUUUUGUGACCUUCAUGCCGCUGCUGCUGCAAAUGGGGUAUUCAGACUUGACUCAACUAGAGGAAAUCACACAGAAUAUUGGCAUGCAAGAGAUAUUGAAGAUCCUCAUGUACACCUUAACCUCUCGUGAGCCUCUGACAAAUGCAAUUUUGGGAAGUGACUCCAAGAAGAAAGACAACCCUCAAAACCUGUUUGCAUCAGCAGUUAAGGCAAGGGCUAACAUUGGUGACAGUAAAAUGGAUGUUAAGGUAGUGCGAAGUAAAUCUCAGAACAAGAUAAUCUUUGCUGAAGCCAAUGCAGAUUUUGUUGACUUCAUUUUUAGCCUCCUUACCAUACCAUUGGGGUCCAUUGUAAAGCUUUUGGGUGGUCAAUCUUUUGUUGGAUGUGUUGAUAAUUUGUAUAAGAGCGUGGAGAGCUUGGACUCUUCAUGGUGUACAGACUCGCAUCCUUUAUUACUCAAUCCUGGAUUGGCACUGCAGUUUGGUUGUCCAAAUCAGCCUCUCAACAUUCCUGAUGUAGAACCCCCUAGCUAUUAUUAUGGUACUGGUGAUACAAGAAAAACAAGGCCGGUUUAUGUAAAUUAUGAAGGAUAUGUAGAUCAAGUAGUAACAAUAAAGGGAGGAGUUAUUUCUAAAUCAAGGGGAUUAGUUUACAAUCCAAGAACCUUGACCGCGCUGGACCCGAGAUCCCCCAACAGAUUGAAAGAAGGUAGUGUAGGAUUUGUCAAAAGACCUGCAUCAUAUGGUGUAGGAGAUGAUCUAAACGUGAAACUACUGUCUGCUAUUUCUUGCAUUUCAUAUUUGAAAGAAUUAAGCCUUCCCCUUGAUGAUAUUGAAGUGAAGGUGGUACGCAUUGGGGAGGCAGAGGCCUUGAGCCUCCUUGGAGCUUCCUUGACAUUGAAGUCUACCUUGACUAGUGGACUGGAGGACUUUUUGGAUGUGCCAAAACAAGGACCAACAUUGACAUCAAAGGUCACACAAACUAGUCAGUUAGAUGAUCUUUCUAUGGAGGAGCCUAAACCAGAAGCCAGAAGCCGGCAGCUAUAUUUGGAUUAAUGAAAGGUGAUGGAAUGGAGGGGCACGUAAUGGAAUCACAUUAUAUCUACUUAUUUGUCAAAAAAUUAUGCAACGGAAUGGAACAAAAUGAAUAGAACAUGAUGGAAUCCAUUCCGUCGCACUGCAUUGUAGUAUCUACUUAUUUUUAUUUCCUCCCAAUUCGGAUGAUUGAAUCAACAUUAAGUUUAUUUUUAUAAUUAUGAAAUUACUUCUUUAUCCUUCUUUUUUAAUCUUUCACAAAAGAUAUUAUCGUGAGAACUUUAAAGACAAGGGUAAUAAAGGAAUACCAAAGUUAUAAUUUAUUUCGUUCCGUUCCUUCUCUGGCACAAGAUGUUUUCUUGAAUGGUCUUCACCCAAUCUGACAAAAUGCUGCCUUGUGAUGUGAUUUUUAAUCGUAAUCUACAAGAGGGAGAAGAACUUUGGAACUAAAAGAAGAAACUACGGAGUGCUUUCAGGAAACUAGAACACAAAUGUUGUUUCAUAAAUCAUCACAUAUACUAUAGGUAUCUCCAUUUGAAACUACUGGCUUUCCCUAAUUUUCAUAUGCAAAAACAUAUUACGCUCUUUCAGGAACAGAUUAAUUUCAGAACAAAUUCAAUGUACGAACCUACAUAAAAACAAGGGGGUUUUCCAACUAUUUUGGGUCAAUUUCAUGAAUCUUUGUUCACUCUUCCAUAGUCUACCAAUUUUGGAAGUUCAUAAAAACUUUAGUAAGAUCUUUAAAUUUGACACUCUUAUAUUAUUCCAGAGGAUGCUUGAUCUCACCCAUUUCGACAAAUUCAUUCACAUUAUCCUCUAUGAAAGGCUGAAGCUGAACCCUUGCAGCAUGUAAUGUUGCUUAAAUUGACAAAACUGAAAAUUUCUGUUUUCUCAAACUUGACAGAAAGAGCCUCAAAACUACAAAUGGCAACUAGUUUAAACCAAUACAGACAUGCAAUGCAUACUUAACAAUUAGUGAAGAAACUUCAGAAAAUUGAAUUACAAUGUUAUUGACUGCUGGUAAGGAAGGCCUAAUCUGCGUCCCGAGGACUAGAUACAAAACAAAAUAUAUUGUUCUAAACCUCAGGAUGCAGAUUACGUGAUACUGACCCAACACUGAUUCUUCCAUGAGGGAUUGAACCAAUGGAAGUGACAGAUGAAAAUGAACAAAUAGUCUAUAAGAAGAGU